UAGCCAGUCCUUUCAUUCACAUACACAGAAUUUCAUUCACAUUUUGCAGGGUUUUUUUUAAUCUGCUUCUAAUGAAGAGAGUCAUUUGGGAAUGGCAGGGGUUUCUGUGCAUUAGAAAACAGUAGAAAUAAUCUAUGAUGUGUAUAUUUGCUGUUGCUAUGCUAGCAGGAUGAAGAAAAAAAUGAAUGCUGUGUGGAUACUGGAGCAGGUUUGCAGUAUGGUGACGAAAAGGCUAUUCUGCAGAUCACUAGAAAUCUGUUUUUACAUUGAAUAGGACAUUUCAAUUAUUCAUCACUGCUGGGAUAAGAGACUGAAGAUCAAUGGUGAAUGAAGGUGUAUUUCUUAAGUUUGCUGCUGUACUUCAGAAAAAAAUUUUCUUCGGACACAGAUUGACAAAUAUGUGGUAUGGAAGAACGUGUUAACAGAAGAACAGAGUGGAGUAUAUUUUCUUUUAAAAAAGUUAGUACAGCUAUUUAGAGGUGUUUGUAUUUGGUCACAAAAAGAGAAAAAAAUUAAAGAUUGGAAGGAACUAUCUGUUUGAGAAGAUAGGAAAAGGAAAUUUGAGAAUUGAUUGGUGCUAGUGUGCUGUAAGUGGGUGGUUUUUUUUUUUUUUUUGCUACAGGAAGUGAUUUGCAGUGUUCACUGAGCCUUUUGUUGAAAAGGGUCCUUCUCAUUUGUGUGAGUCAUGCUUUUGCUGUGAGCGACUUGGCAGCUCUAAGCAGGACUGAGAUCUCUGUCAUAGAAAACUAUUACUUCACCCAACCUUUACGUGGAACCAUACAUUUAUUUAAUUUUUUUUGCUCUUCCUUAUACUCUUCACUCUUUUUAAGGCAAAAUUAACUCUCUGUCCUCAUUAUUAUGAAUUGCCUUCUAUGUUAGCACAGACAUCUCCUGCAUUGGCAUCAGAUUUGCCAGAACAUAUGCAGGAAACUAGAUAGAAGGGCAUGCUUCAGCGUACCAAGUAUAACCGCUUCAGGAAUGAUUCAGUGACAUCAGUUGAUGAUCUUAUUCAUAAUUUGUCCAUGAACAGCAAAGUCUCAGCAGUUGCUACAACCUCAACAGCACCUUCAUACCUGUGUUCGCCUGAAGUUCUCCGCAAAGACCAAGAAGAUGGACCCACCACCUUUUGUAACCUCAUCCAUAAGGUGUCCCACUUGAAACUCUCCAACACAGGCAGCCUUUUGGGUAUCAAAAAUCUCUCCUCUGCAGUGAAGGAGCUUGCUGCCUCCAAAUUGCAGGGAAGCUCGAGUGCUUCUAGCUCAGCAGCAGGGGCUUCAGACAACACAUGUAACCUUGUCUCUGCCACUCCGUGUUCUCAGCAGGACAUGAGCAAGAUGAGUACAGGGAAAAAACCACGGUCAGAGGAAAUGCACCUGGGAGGUGAGGACUGGAAUCAAAGUAGCAGCUUUGUCAAUAAACCCUCCCGAGGGUGGCUGCACUCGAAUGAGAAGAUCCUGGGACCUGGUGUGACGUACAUUGUGAAGUACUUGGGGUGUAUAGAAGUCUUACGCUCAAUGAGAUCUCUUGACUUCAACACUAGAACACAGAUUACAAGGGAAGCAAUCAGCUGUGUUUGUGAAGCAGUACCUGGAACCAAAGGAGCCUUCAAAAAAAGAAAGCCACCAAGCAAAGCUCUCUCUAGCAUCUUGGGAAAGAGCAAUCUUCAAUUUGCAGGAAUGAACAUAACUCUGAAUAUAUCCACCACGAGCUUAAAUCUAAUGACUCCUGAUUCUAAACAGAUUAUAGCAAAUCAUCACAUGCAGUCUAUUUCCUUUGCGUCUGGAGGUGAUCCGGAUACAACAGACUAUGUUGCAUAUGUAGCUAAGGACCCCGUUAAUCGCAGAGCGUGCCAUAUACUAGAAUGCUGUGAUGACUUGGCCCAGGAUGUUAUCAGCACCAUAGGACAAGCAUUUGAACUUCGAUUCAAGCAAUAUUUACGGUGUCCCUCUAAGAUACCUGCUCUCCAUGAUAGGAUGCAGAGUUUUGAUGAACCUUGGAUGGAGGAAAAUGGAGAGUCAGUGGAACAUCCCUAUUACAACAGCAUCCCCAAUAAAAUGCCUCCUAUUGGUGGCUUUAUUGAUGCUAGAUUCAAAACCAGGAUCCCAAAUGCUGCAGAUACUGCUCAGUCUGCAACAGCAGCAGGACGGGAACAAACGUACUACCAGAGUCGCCACUUAGGAGACAAAUUCAGUGAGGAUUGGCAGCAUGUUCCUGUCAAACAAGGGUCCUUAGACAUUUACAGUGUCCCAGAAGGGAAGCUGCAGGUAACCGUAACAGGAGAGGUCCCUGCUUAUGUGAACACCCAGCAUAUAAAUAUGGAAGCUCUACUCCCGCUUCAGGCAGAUGCUGAAAGUAUAUUCAGUGGAACAAAAGACUAUACCAAAGACAGUAGUCCAAGAAAAGAUCUGUUUGAUAUGAAACCUUUUGAAGAUGCUCUUAAGAACCAAACCACGGGGUCUGUGCUGAAUAAGGCUACCUCGGUCGAAUGUACCAGUCCAUUAUCUAGAGCAGCUAGUUGUGGUAUAAUGGAUGAGCUGAAUACAGAACCUUGGUAUCAAGGAGAGAUGAGUAGGAAAGAAGCGGAACAGCUGUUAAAGAAAUGUGGAGACUUCUUAGUCAGAAAAAGCACCACAAAUCCAGGCUCCUAUGUGCUGACCGGUAUGCACAAUAGACAAGCCAAACAUCUUCUUUUAGUGGACCCAGAAGGAACUGUCCGUACGAAGGAUCGUGUAUUUGACAGCAUAAGCCAUCUCAUCAACCAUCAUCUUGCGAACAAUUUGCCAAUAGUUUCUGCUGGAAGUGAACUCUGCCUCCAACAGCCAGUUGAGAGGAAACAGUAACCCAUGGUGACAUGUUCAGCAUUUGUAAGCUAUAACCUUUGCAGUAAACACUGCAAACCUGGAAACAUGUACAUUAAAAUACACAUACAUAUGUAUCUAUCAAUAUGUUUUCUCGAGCUUUAAAAAGCCCCAUCCUACACAGAAUCACCUGAAAUUUCUUACUGCUCUUUGCAGAUAUGAGGCCUGAUGAAAAACACAGACGAUUUCUUAAAAUGUAAUUUCAAUAAAAUUGUUCUGAUUCUUUAAUGUGAAUAUUUGACAGUGUACAUACACACAUUAUAUAUAAAUACAGUAAUAUAUUUAUAUUUUUCAAGUCAGUCUGUUGAAGGUAUGGAACUAAUGUUCUGUGCCAGGUGUUUUUAACUGAAAAAGAUGCCCAUUGUGAUUGUUCAGAUAAAAAGAGAAUUCAACAGUCUCAUUUCCUUGAGAAUAUAAUAUUAGAAGUCUUAUUUGUAGUUUUAUCUAAUAAGCACAAUUAUGGGGAGAACACAGGCGGAUGACAUUGGUUAAAUACCAGUCAAGGGGUUUAAAUUGAACAACUAGUAUUCUAACAUGAAAAUUUAGCUUAAUAUGAUUUUUAAAAGCAUUAUUCAGUGUCACUGAUUUCAAAAGCAUUUUCUCUUUCUGAUGUCCAGUUUUAAAUCUUAUAUGAUGCUACUCAAGAUAUUUGUAACUUGCUUUGACAAUGACUUUGUGUGAUCUCUCUAUGUACAAGUUGUAUGCAUUUGAUUUUUCUAACAAUAAUAUAAUUGAACUAAUAUUCUGCAGCUUUGAUUUAUUAAAUUCAAUACUAAGGUUAUUUACAAAUAGUUCACUUCUUGUGGUAAACAAUUAAAUUAUUUUGACUGCUAGUCACUGAUGAGAUGUCAUAGAUUGACUAAGAGGGUUCAAACUGCUUAGUUUUAUUUUAAUAUAUUUGGUGCAAGAUGAUUGUGGUUGGUCAAAGACCCAAUGGAUAAACCUUUUUCCUUAUAGAACUGUGACAAAAAAUGAACACUUAGCAUAUUAGUCUAUUUAAAUCAUUUAACUUUGAUUCACUUAGUUUUUAUAUGUCUCUCUCCUAUGUGCAGCUUCAAGUUGACCUUAGCAAGUGAUUGUUUUUAUAAAUGUAUUGUAUGUUCCUAAUGAAUAUCUUAGAAAAAUAGCUAUACAUUUGAGUUACUUUUUGGCACACAUUUCACUAACAUUUGGAAUUGGGAAGUGCCCAUUGAAAAGUGAAUUCUGCCACACACACACAUGUACACACAUUCACACACUUCAUUAAUUUGCCUUUCUUCUUUUUAAUGGACUUUGUCUUUCAGUUAUACAUAUCUAACUGAGGGUCAAAUUCAUAUCUCCAUUUAAUGGAUGCAGUUCCUAUAGACUUUAGUGAAAGUUGCAUCACAGUAGCUGAGAGCAAAAUUUAAACUUUAGUAUUUCUAAAUCAGAAACUCAACCGAAGUUUCAGGACUUGGUAGCAAAGGUCCUGAUUAAGGAAUGUAGUUCCAUCUACCCUCAAGCAUAAUACUUCCAUUGAAGUCAAUAGGACCUUUCAUGUCCUUAAAGUUUGACACAUGCCUAAGUAUUUUGCUGAAAUGGGGGCCAAGCUGACUUUAAGAUUUGCUUUAGAAUCCAUUCCUUGGAUGGCUGUUUUAAAGCUCCCAAACAAUGUUCUCCUUGUGACAUGGACUCAGCAAAGGUCAUUACUUUGCAAGUUUGCCAAGGAUUAAUCUCUCAUUCAAAAAGGAAACGCACAGCUGCUAUAGAGCUUACUCCCUGAAAAGAACUAUCAGAGGAAGAACUGACUUUCAAAUGUUUUCAAGAUCGUAAAAUUACAUAACAUCUAAUCUCCCCAUCUCAGCAUCUUUCACUUCCCCUUGUAUUGCCAUUGGACCAGCCCACAGCUAGCACCUAUCUCCCUGUCCACCCAGUCACGUGAAACUUCCCAGCCCAUGCUGAUCCCUUCUUGGGAGUCCUCCAACCAUCCCAGAUUCACCCUACCUGGCAUCUCACACUGAAUCGCUCAUCUGGCUUCUUUCAAGGUCCCCACCAACCACUUUCUGAUAUAUCUUUACAUGUAGGUCACAGAGCUAGAUAAUCACCAGCGCUUCCACUUACAGCGGCUGGACCUUCUCUGCCUCAUUAGAGCACACCCAAAUCUGCUUUUCUCCCCUUCCUUGGUGUGUAUGUGGGAAAAACCAGUUCUCCUAGAAGACUGGGAAAUAUGGGUGUAUCCUUCCCUUCUCCUCCUUGCUGUGAUGAUGCAGCUGUUUGCAUCAGAUCCCAUCUCCUCUGCACAGAAUUGUUGUAGGAGCAGAAAGCACAGGAGAGGUGUCAGACGCAUCAUAGCAGUCCCUUCUGGCCUGGAUGGAGAUCCUCAGCUUAGGUCUUCCCUAUUCCAUGGUGGAAUACAAAAGGCUGAAAUAUGGAGGUACUUAAGUACUACAGUAGCACAUGUCUGGCAGCUAUGACCAUGAUUUUAGGAAAGAAAAGCUUUGUUUUGAUUUUUCUGUGAUUAUACUGCACACAAUGACUAUAAAACUGGCAUCUUGGGGUGAGGGCUAAAUUAAUCAAGGCAAUCCAGGGCCUGAGGCACGUCAAUGGAUUCCCAUGCUACUCUCUUUGGAGUCACAGCAAGUGUCAGAGUGAAGAUGAAUGGGACAAGCACCUCUGUUUCAGGCUCUUUGGUCACCAUAUCAAGCUUUUCUUAGCAUUCAUGAGGGCUAUCAAAUGAAAACUGAGAUUCUGACUUUAUUGUGUCACUGUAGCAGCUGGGACAUGAGACAUGGUCCUAUAGUGCCUAUAAUUUAUUCUGCCACAGCCGGUGAUUCAAUUUUUAUUGUCUUUCGGUGAUUCCACAUCACAUUUGCACAGUUAAUUAGUGAAAAAGUGUUAUCUCUAACUUGUGACCUUGCUUCAAAGUGAAAGUCAAAAGGGAUUGUUUCUAGUCUGUGCAUCACCAUUGGAAGGAAAGAUUCAACAGUGAAAAUAAUUGAAGCUAUCUAGAUGAAACAUUUCCUAUCAGAAGAUGAUUUCCCCCCCUACAUUUCUGCAGAAAAAUGUAGAUUUAGGCACAUUUUUUGUAAGUUACCAAUUGGGGAAAUCAAAGGAGAAAAAAUUCAUCUUGAGUUGAGAUGUCCGAAUAAAAUGACAUUUUUCAGCUUGAACUAUUAGUUUGAAACUAAAAAUGCCAUUUCAAAUGUUGAUAUGUUUUAUUUAAGUUGCAAGUGUUAAAAUUCUCUGUUUCAACAUUUCUGAUUCAAUUUUUUUUGAAUAUUUUGUUUUAUGAAUUUUUCUGAUAUUUUGACUUUUUGUUUGACGCAGAAUGGAAAUUUAUUGUGAAAUGUCCAAUUUUUCUAAGGGAUCUAGUUACGAUUUAGCUAGCAAUUCCAUUUGGCUUCUUCUGCAAUAACAGAGCGUAACUAACUAUAAAAAUGUCAGUUGUUUGUACAUUUUGAACAGCUAAUGUGGAGUCCAAUCCUGUAAACUUUUAGAGAAGGUCUGCACUUCAGUUGACCAUCACUCAUGCCUGUGAAAAAGCUCCUUUACCCCCGGAUGACACCAGUUUUGCACUGUCCACACCAGGUCUGUCAGUGGAAGGUCUCCUGGUAGUUUCUGCUUCUUGCUGCAAAGAUGAAAGCUUCAGUGUGGCUGUGCUGAUUAUAGCACUCUAGGGUAGAUUUGCCGUUAUGUCAGUAGCACACAAGAGAUAACGCAUGGAGGCUACUUGCAUAAAUGAAUACUAAUCAUCUUGAGUGUAUGUCAAGAUGCUGUAAACCUCCUUGCAGGAGGCAUAAGGGAUCUGUUGAAAAAGGCU